GUUUGCAAACCCACCCCCGCUCGGCUCGUCACGCCGGAUCGCGGGGGGGGGGGCUGGGCCAGGCUUCCCUCGGGGCGGCCACAUCAGCCCGAGGAGGCGGCCCAUCGGCUGCGGGAAGUCGAUUGCUGAGGUCUGGGGAGAGACACACCUUCCUCCGGCCCCAGCGCCGCAGAUCCGGGUGCAGCAGCCGAGGGGGGCAGAGGGGGAAGCAGCCCCCCCAGCGGCGCGCGUGCGGGAGAUCCGCGCACCUUGGAAGAUGGCCUCCGCCAACGACACCCGGCAGGCCCAGAAAGAUGCCGCCGACCAGAACUUCGACUACAUGUUCAAGCUGCUGAUCAUCGGGAACAGCAGCGUGGGGAAGACGUCCUUCCUGUUCCGCUACGCCGACGACUCCUUCACCUCGGCCUUCGUCAGCACCGUGGGCAUCGACUUCAAGGUCAAGACGGUCUACAGGAACGAGAAGCGGGUCAAGCUGCAGAUCUGGGACACCGCAGGGCAGGAGAGAUACCGGACGAUCACGACGGCUUAUUACCGAGGAGCCAUGGGCUUUCUGUUGAUGUACGACAUCGCCAACCAGGAUUCCUUCAACGCCGUGCAGGACUGGGCGACCCAGAUCAAGACCUACUCAUGGGAUAACGCCCAGGUGAUCCUGGUGGGGAACAAGUGUGACCUGGAAGAUGACCGAGUGGUGGCCACGGAGGAUGGCAAGAGGCUGGCAGAUGAGCUAGGGUUUGAAUUCUUCGAAGCCAGCGCCAAGGACAACAUCAACGUCAAGCAGGUCUUUGAGCGCCUGGUGGACAUUAUCUGCGAGAAGAUGAACGAGAGCCUGGACACCAACACCACCCUCGUCGGCAACAGCAAGAACGGGGCCCUGACUGAGACUCCACCCCCACAGUCCAGCAGCUGCUCCUGCUAGAUAACAGACUCCACCCACCUCCGCUCCUCUCUUUCCGCCCCCCCUCACCCCCGCCCCAGCAAUCACAUUGAUGUCAUAGAUAAAUAGGAUGGGAGGUUAUGGGGAGAGGCAGAUCUCUUGGGCUGGUGUCCCACUGUUUCUCUAUUUGCCUAUGACAACAAUGCGUUUUCCCUUUCCUUAUUCCCAAGCCAGGGUUCUUCCAUCCCGGCAACCACAGCCAGCAGAGGGAUGAGGAACGUGAGCCCAUCCACCGGACCUCAGAGGUGGUGGGGCAGGCCCAGGCCCCCCACCGCUGACGGAAAUUGGCCUGACUUCCGUUGACUUUGAUGGCGCUGACGUGGGUGCUACGGAUCCAACGGGGGUCUGAUGCCUCAGCAGCUGCACAGUCUCUUGGGCGUGCGUCUAUUAACCAAGCCCUAGGUGCAGCUUUGCAGAAGGCUGGGGCAUCGAACCCCCAUGUAGAUCUGUGACAACUGCUCUGUGUUUGUAAGAGGACGGAGAGGGGCGUCGGGGGAGAUGUGGGGAGGUUUUCUGCACAGGGCUUGCUGCAGGAUCCUCAUGCUGGAAAACAGGUGUUGGGGGAGGGGGAAGAUCCAGUUUCAUCUCAAUUUUCCACUGAACAUUUCAGGCUUUUCCCAGUGAAAAUUCGUGUCCUGACCAUCUUUGACCAAAAAUCGGAGCGACUUAUUCUGAAAUGCCUCCUGGAUGUUGUAGUCCAGCUGCCUUGUGCUCCUGUUCUCUUCUGUAGAAUGGAGGCCUUGGUCAGACUACAUCUCCCACGAUGCACCACAUUCUCUCUGCUAGGAGGGGGGGUUGCAUCAUGGGAGUCCCUGGCCAUGGUGCAGCAUGGGAGAUGUAGUCCAACUAAGGAACCCGGCUCAUAGGGGAGAAUGGAAGCUUGAGGCCACUGAACUACAACUCCCAUGAGGCACCACAGCAGCAUUUCCAAAGCAACUCAACCCCACGUGACUUUCCCAUAGAGUCGUACACCCUGUAAAUGGCCAGGGGUGCCUAGUGUGCUCCCCCACCCUGGUGCAUUUGUUUGCACUAGUGUCAAAGGCUCCCAUGGCGGGGUUUCAGUAAAAAUAACACAAAGCACCCGAGAGUUGGGCCAAAGAUCCCAGGCCUGAUUUCCCGUUGCACUGAGCCUUGUACGGUGAUUUAUUUACACGAGGAUGUGAGGGGUUAAAAUCAAUUCUAAUCUGAUUUGCACUAAUGGUGCAUGGGGGGAGGGGUUGCACUAGUGAUGCAGGGCACUGGGGAGUUGGACCAGUGAGGCAGGAAGGGCCACUGGGUAGAGAGACUUUCCUCCGUCUUGGGGUGUUGGUUCCAGGCCGGAGCCUGGCUUGGCAGUGACUGAGACCCUAAGCUAAUGCAGGCAACGCAAGAGCUCGCCCCAGCCUUGAGGCUUCGGGAUCCAUCACUAUUUGGUGCAGUGUCCUACACUGUGAGGGGCUGGUGCGCUGUGGGGAAGCUGAGGCACAGCUGCCCUAGAACCAAGCUUCGUAGGGCCUGGGGCCCAGAUCCCCUUGCCGUUCCCUGGGAUUUGAGGACAUCUGACUCCCUUUGUGAUGCCCUGUGCCCCCAGCCUGUAUUAAAUAUCCCCGUCAGGCCCAAAGACUCCAGUGCUGUUAUUUUUGGGAGGUGCCGUGCAGGCACCCAAUGGGGCACCUUCCAGAAAGCUGUAGCUGGUAGAUGGGCCUUGGAUAACCCCCAGGGGAGGAAAAUCACUAGAUUCCCCAUCAGGGGAUGGCUAUGCUUGGACCUGGACCAGGGCAUGAGACUCGGUUGUUCCCCUACUUCUGGGGUCGUGCCUAGUACCUGGUGUCAGCUAGAGCAGCCACUGGGCUGCUCUAAUUCAUGCUCUGUUUCCCAAGAGCCCCUGCUGAAGCAUGGAGUACCCAUAAUGCAAUGUGUUCCUCUCACACACCCCCACACACUAGGUUCAGUGCCCUUCUACCAGCUUCCCAUUGGCUGGGGUAGGCCCUGCUCCUGCACACUGUGUGUGGGAGCGGGGGAGGCAGGAUUCUCAGGUUGGGCUGUCUCUGCCCACUUUAUUCAGCCUUAAAGGGGCCUUAACUGAGAAUCAGCCUCUGGAAUCUGGACUCUUGUGUGGCAGCUGCCCCUUACUGUACCGGGACUCGGCUCCUUUAAAAAGGAGUCAGACACGUUCCAGGGUGACGUGAAAUGCUCCUUGAUGUCCCAGCCAUUUCAGCCCCUCUGCGGCUAUCGAUUAGCUUCUCCUCGCUGGAGCAAGCUUCUAUGCGACAACUGGGCUCUCCUGGAGUCCGAUCUCACGGCUCUCUGUGAAGCAAGCGCUCAGGAUGCGGCUGCAGGGACCGGUGCGCUGGGGAGACCAGACAGCAAGGGUGAAAACUCGGGAUGGGGGUGCGGGGUAAUAGACACCUAUAUAAGACAAAGCCCCAAAUCUGGGGACUGUCCCUAUAGAAGCGGGACAUCUGGUCACCCUAUGGUGCACCAUCCCUCAGCUCACAAUGCGACACUUACACGCUUCGUGCCCCAGCCGUGCAGUGUUUUGGCCACGGGGUGGGGGGGGGGGGUUUGCAUCACUCAGAUUUCCAGGGGAUGUGCAAUCUUUAAAAACGGAGGAGAGGCCAGUGUCUUACUUUUACAAAAAAAAAAAAACAAAAGUGCCUUUAGCAAAAGCCAAACUCUUGAUCAGUCAUGUGUAGCUUGCCACGGUCCCAGCUAAGCUGUAGCCCCGUGGUAAAUGUCUUGUUUAACUUCACGCUCUUUUCUUCUUAGCCAGACCUAUGCCUUCCCCCUACACCCUUCCCAGAGUUAUUUGAGAGAGAGAGAUAGCAGAGUUCAAGGCCAGAAGGGAUCAUUCACUCAUCUCCUCUGACCUGCUGUGAAUCAGAGGCCAUGACACUUCAUCCAGUUACCCCUGUCUUGAGCCAAAGAUAGAUACACUGGCACUGAUCUUUAAAAUCCCUGCGGUCAGAUCUCUGUAACAGGGUGUGUGUGUGGGGGGGGGGGGGGAGAUUUAUAACUGAUGUAGCAUGUGAACAUUGGAAGGUGGCAUCCACCCCAAAAAAUAGGCCUAAAGAAAUUUAAACCUGACCAAAGUGGGAUUUAGGUAUGACUGGGGCGGGGAUGGGCUUUUUGUUCUGUGUUUGUACAGGGCCUGGCACACUGGGCCAUGACCAGGCUUCUGAGCGCUACCAUAAUAUGCCUAAUAAAGACUAAUAAUGCCUUUGAAAAUCCCAA